AUGAAUUCUCAAUUAGGAUUGGGUAUAGAAGAAGAUACCAUCAAUAAAUUGCAUAGAAGUGAAAGAUCAAGAAAUAGUUCAAGAGGUAAUAUAACGAAUAAUCUACUAAGUGGGUCAAUGGAAUUUCCAAAUAGUGAUAAUAAUAAUAAUAAUAAUAAUAAUAUAAAUCAAAGCAGUCAAUGUUAA